UCAUGCAUCAGCAGCUUCAGGUGUCAGCUCUUCUGUAAAAAAGUAACUGUAAAGUAUUGAUCUUUUCUGUAAAAGUAAGAAAGAAUGGAAAAUCAGAGAUAGACGCACAAAAAUAAGCUGUUUUUUAACAUCAAUACUUGCUGAAAGAGGUAUAACAGAGCCACAUCACUCCUGGAUGGAUUAGAAGGACGACAGGAACAUUCAAACAGGAACCAAAGACAACAUUUACGCUUAUAAUAAAUAACAAUCACGCAGUGGAGCGCGUAAAACGCACGAAAAGGGAAGCAAACACUCCAGCACGCGUAUAAGGUGAAAGUGGGAGUGAAGUGACGCGUUUAUUUAAAGAACCCAGAACAUCUGAGAGCUGCACUGAGAAAAUCGUUCUCCCAUGAGGCUGGAAGGCGCCAGAAUGGACUUAAUCAAAAAACUAUGGACGGCUCGGAAACUGAUUCUCGUGGUGAUGAUUCCUUUAUCCCUGCUGCCUCUGCCGCUCAUCCACCCGUGCAGUGAGUCUUCAUGUGCUUACGUCCUGAUCGUGACAGCAGUGUAUUGGGUUUCUGAAGCCGUUCCUCUGGGCGCCGCUGCUCUCGUCCCAGCCUUUCUUUACCCGCUGUUUGGGGUCCUCAAAUCCAGUGAGGUGGCGUCUGAAUAUUUUAAGGACACCACCCUGUUGCUGAUGGGAGUCAUCUGUUUGGCCGCCUCCAUUGAGAAGUGGAACCUGCACAAGCGCAUCGCCCUGCGGAUGGUCAUGAUUGCUGGGGCCAAACCUGGCAUGCUGGUGUUGGGCUUCAUGUGCUGCACGGUUUUUCUCUCCAUGUGGUUGAGCAACACGUCCACCACUGCAAUGGUGAUGCCGAUCGCUGAAGCCGUGCUCCAGCAGCUCAUCUGCACCGGCAUCGCAGAUUCACAAGAAGAUUCGCAGGACUUUACACAGGAUGAGGAGAGCGACAAAGAGGAAAACCUGGAGUCAAGCAAGAAUCACCUGGAGCUGCUGGACUGUAAAAAUGAAAAAAAGUAUGAAGUCAGCGUGAUGAACGAGGAGUUGAACGGGCUAACAUUAAUGCCCGGCUUCAGCCCAAACUUUUCUAGAGAAUCAAAUGGAUAUCUGCCUGAGGCUCCCAUUAGCAUCCCAGUGCCAAAGAAGCCCAAAAUCCGCAGGGAUUCUCUGUACCCCACCAAACGGGACCACAUGAUCUGCAAGUGUCUUACUCUGAGCAUCACUUACGCCGCCACCAUCGGCGGCCUCAUCACCAUCACCGGCACCUCCACCAACCUUAUCUUCGCUGAACAGUUCAACAAUCGUUACCCAGAAGCAAAAGUCAUCAACUUCGGCACCUGGUUCAUCUUCAGUUUGCCGAUUGCUCUCAUCAUGCUGAUUCUCACCUGGAUCUGGCUGCACUUUUUAUUCCUGGGGUGCAAUUUCAGAGAAACCUGCUCUCUCAGCAAGAAACGCAAAACUAGAAGAGAAAUCCUCUCCGAGAAGCGCAUUCAUGAAGAGUACCAGAAACUCGGCCCCAUCAGCUAUCCUGAAGUUGUGACAGGCAUCUUUUUUGUUCUGAUGACUGUUCUGUGGUUCACCAGAGAGCCAGGAUUUGUCCCCGGAUGGACGUCGCUGUUUGAGAAAAAGGGCUACAGAACUGAUGCCACAGUGUCGGUGCUGCUGGGAUUCCUCCUGUUCCUCAUCCCCGCUCGAAAGCCGUGGCCAUCUGCAUUCUCCAGCCAGAGCAAAGAUGAUGAGGAUGAGGAUGAGGAACAGGAUCCGCUGGCUCCAAUGAUCACCUGGAAGGACUUUCAGAGACUGAUGCCCUGGGAGAUCGUCAUUCUGGUGGGUGGAGGAUACGCACUGGCUGCCGGGUGCAAGGUGUCUGGUCUGUCCAUGUGGAUCGGCCGUCAGCUGGAGCCGAUGAGCGGUCUUCCUCCAUGGGCCGUCACACUGCUGGCCUGUCUGCUGGUGUCUGCUGUCACUGAGUUCGCCAGCAACCCUGCCACACUCACUGUCUUCCUGCCCAUCCUCUCAGCGCUGUCAGAGACGCUGCAGAUGAACCCUCUGCACACACUCAUUCCUGCCACCAUGUGUGUGUCGUUCGGCGUCAUGCUGCCUGUCGGAAACCCGCCGAACGCCAUCGUGUUCAGUUACGGCCACGUGCAGAUCAGCGACAUGGUGAAGGCCGGCUUUGGAGUAAAUCUGAUCGGUGUUUUCGUGGUGAUGUUGGCUAUAUUGACGUGGGGUGAACCGCUCUUCCACCUCAGCCAGUUUCCCACCUGGGCGGUGAUGCGAAACGUCACGGGCAGCUUGUAGCUGUGUUUAGAAAUCGUGGACACUGGGUUUACACUGAUGGAGGCACACACACACGUCAUUAAUGCCUUAUUUUUUUCUCCGUCCAUGAUGCUUUGCACCCGGAGGAUGCAGAACUGCUCACUGUGACUGAACAAACGGUGAAUCUAUUCUUACACUCCUAUAUCUAAGCAUUAGGCGUAGAUUUACAGCUGAACGCACAAGUGUACGUGCCUACGAAACAUGAAUGUAACAUAUCUGUAUGCUUUAUUUCGGAUGUCUAACAAACGUCGGCUAUUUACUUGAGAGGUUUGAGGGAGAUUCUGCAUCCGACAACGUCAGAAAUCUGAUAAUAGUUUCUUACCAAAAUGUUACAUGUGGUUUGGUUACAGAAGAUUAUGUUACAAAAGAAAUUUCUCAAUCAUAAAUCGAUUAAAGCAGUUUUUGAAGGUGGCCAUUGAUCAUUGUACAUACAGGAAACUAACAUUUUCUAUUGUUGACCACCAACAACCGAUUUCAUUGACUUUCAUCUCUAAAACACAAUAAAACACUGUAUUUUUGGUUCA